AUGAGCAAGGCAUCCCAGCAGAACUCCAGCACUGAUGGGAACGGAGUGAGUGUGAUCCACACCCAGGCACACAGCAGUGGUUUGCAGCAGGUUCCCCAGCUGGUGCCGGUCAGUCCUGGGGGGGGAGGCAAAGCUGUGCCUCCGAGCAAGCAGGGCAAGAAGAAUUCCUUUGUGGACAGAAACAGCGAUGAGUAUCGGCAGCGCAGAGAGCGGAACAACAUGGCAGUGAAAAAGAGCCGGUUGAAAAGCAAGCAGAAAGCACAGGACACACUGCAAAGGGUCAACCAGCUCAAGGAAGAGAAUGAACGUUUAGAGGCGAAAAUCAAGCUCCUGACCAAGGAGCUGAGCGUGCUGAAAGACUUGUUCCUCGAGCACGCACACAACUUUGCAGACAAUGUGCAGCCUGUUGGCACUGAACCCACCACAGCAGACCCAGAGAGCAGUGCGCAGUAG